CUAAACACACCCAAUAACUUCGAAAGCGCCACUAGUUGAACCCUUCAUUGCUCUUCAAAACUUUCCAAGAAAAAAAAAAGGGGUUGCACAGAAAAAUUCAUACCCAAAUUUGCUAAAUGGCAACCAUGAACUCCAGUGUGCUGGCUUGCAAGUAUGCCGUUUCAGGAACUGGGUCAUCUGAACUCAGCUCAAAGCUUGGCUCGGUUGCAACUCCUGGUGUGCCAAGUCAGAAGUUGCCCGUGAUCAGGGCUCAACAAGUCAGAGUUCCCGAGUCAAAAGCCGGCGAAGGAAGAAGAGCCGCACUCGCCUGCUUGGCGGCCACCAUGUUUGCCGCCGCCACCGCCUCCACCUCCUCUGCCAAUGCCGGCAUCAUUGAGGAGUACCUCGAGAAGAGCAAGGCCAACAAGGAACUGAAUGACAAGAAGAGAUUGGCCACGAGCGGAGCGAACUUUGCGAGAGCGUACACGGUCGAGUUCGGCUCCUGCAAGUUCCCCGAGAACUUCACUGGUUGCCAGGAUCUUGCCAAGCAAAAGAAAGUGCCCUUCAUCUCUGAUGAUUUGGAGUUGGAAUGCGAAGGGAAGGACAAGUUCAAGUGUGGCUCAAAUGUCUUCUGGAAAUGGUGAAAAACCGCGAUGUUCUCCUAGCCUUGUAAAAGCAACUGUGCAACUCAACAUGUAUCUGAUCUCUACUUGAUACAACUUAAGCCAAAUUUGUUUCUCUUCUUUUGUUCA